CGGCCGCGGCCCGGUGCGGCAGGGGAAGGGUAGCCAUGGACAGGUUCUCGUGGACCACCGGGCUGCUGGAGAUGGGGGAGACGCUGGUGAUCCAGCAGCGCGGCGUGCGACUCAGCGACGGGGAGGAAAAGGUGAAAUUUGAUAGUGGAGUUUUACUGCUGAGCACACACAGACUGAUCUGGAGGGAUCAGAAGAAUCAUGAGUGCUGCAUUGCUGUACCUCUGUCUCAGAUCGUAUUCAUUGAAGAACAAGCAGCUGGGAUAGGAAAAAGUGCCAAAAUAGUAGUUCAUCUUCAUCCUGCUUCUUCAAACAAAGAGCCUGGUCCAUUCCAAAGCAGCAAAUAUUCCUACAUCAAGCUUUCUUUCAAAGAACAUGGGCAGAUUGAGUUCUAUAGACGAUUAUCAGAAGAARUCACACAAAGAAGAUGGGAGAGCAUGCCUACUGGUCAGACUAUGCAAGUUAACAAGGAUUCACAGGCAGGAAGAGUAAGGGCUGUAGGAAUUGUAGGCAUUGAAAGGAAAUUAGAAGAAAAAAGAAAAGAGACUGACAAAAACAUUUCCGAGGCCUUUGAAGACCUUGGCAAACUAAUGGAGAAGGCUAAGGAAAUGGUGGAGUUAUCCAAAUCAAUAGCUAAUAAGAUUAAAGAAAAGCAAGGCGACAUCACUGAGGAUGAGACUAUUAAGUUCAAGUCGUAUCUACUGAGUAUGGGUAUAGCUAAUCCAGUGACGAGGGAAACGUAUGGAUCUGGUACAGAGUACCACAUGCAACUGGCGAAGCAACUGGCUGGAAUCCUGCAGACACCACUAGAGGAGCGAGGGGGGAUCAUGUCCCUUACGGAAGUGUACUGCUUGGUAAAUCGUGCACGAGGGCUGGAGUUGCUGUCACCAGAGGAUUUAGUAAAUGCUUGUAAAAUGCUGGAAUCACUGAAAUUGCCACUAAGGCUUCGGAUAUUCGAUAGUGGUGUGAUGGUGAUUGAGCUCCAGUCUCAUAACGAAGAGGAAAUGGUAGCUGCUGCUUUGGAGACAGUAUCCGAAAAGGGUUCUCUCACAGCUGACGAGUUUGCUAAGCUGGUGGGGAUGUCUGUUCUCUUAGCCAAAGAAAGGCUGCUUCUUGCUGAAAAGAUGGGCCAUCUUUGCAGAGAUGAUUCCGUGGAAGGCUUGAGAUUCUACCCAAACUUAUUUCUGACACAAAGCUAAUACCAUUUGUGUACAGUUUGUUAUGUCAUAGUUGAACAAGAGAGCAGAGGGCAGACUCCUUCUAAGAACUGACUUUAAAAUUUUUAUUUUGUUAGUCAACUGCGACAGACAUGAACAUUGCAAUGCUUUUACAGUUCUCAGGUAUUUUAAGUACUGAAUCCUCUUACAUGGAACUGAAAGGAAAUAGAAAUCACAAAGUCAAAAGCAUGUCAAUUGUCUCAAGCCAACUCACUCAUUUUUCAAGUUUUAUUUGAUGUUCUCUGUAGUUCUCAUUUCAAGAGAAGAUUCCACACCAGUGAAAGUGGAGAUAAUAUCACCAUAGAGUGCCGUGAGGGUCAGCGCCCGAAAGCCACGUUACUGCAUACUCCCAAUUCCAGUUUGUUUAUGUUUGGAGCAGCAAAGCAGGCAGAUGUAUCCACAGUGAUAAGAAACGUGACUUUGGUGUGUACUGAAGUAUAAGGAACAAACAAGUGUAGAAUAAAUGCUUCUACUAGAAGUGAUGAACAGUUUUCUAAGAAAGAGUCUUAUGGUUCUGUAAUUUGAGACAAAAAGAACAUGCUGCAAGAGAGAUUAUUAURUGUCAUGUGAAUCUAAAAAUUACCAUGUUUAUUUUGUCAUAUCUUACACUAAUAUCUCAGAUAAAAGCAUGGUUAGCACCGACUUCCUCCCUUCUCUUUCCUUGCCAUCUUGCUUCCUGUCCAUUUAUGUGGCACUUUGGGUGCCGUUUCUCUCUCUGUAGCAGAGUGGAGCAGCCUCCUGUCACUCUACCAGGCUUUGUGCUUUAAUGUGCUUCUAUUUUGUACUUCUAACAAAAAAUAAUUUGUUUGUCCCAUCAGCCUACUACUUGUUUUGAGGAAACAGUUCAUUUGCUUACCUCUCAUGUGAAAAUUCAUAUGCUUUCCAUAUUGAAGGGAGGAAGAAGACUAUCACCCUGUGUUUAACAGUCACAAGGUAUCACUGUUUGGAUUCCUCACCCUGUGUUCAUACUGAAUGCAGUAUAGUCACCUCAGUUUUCCUAACUCCAGUGGAGUUGUUACACUACUUGAAGAUCUGUUGUUGUGAUGAUAACAGUUAAGUGGAUGUCUAUGAUCCACAUCACCUGAAUUUUUGGCAUUUUGAAGUGACUUUUUAAUAAAUUAAUUCAAGGUAUGGGCAAGGACAGGAUACAGGUUAACUGCACUGUGGUUAAAAUGGUUGGAUCAACUUCACAAAAGGACAAAAAGGCUUUUAAUAUGAGCCUGAAAAUAUUUUCAGAAUAUUUCAGUGUUACCAUAGCUCAGACAUGAGUUAAGAGCCUGCCAAUAAGGACUUCAGUGCAGAGAUCCCUACAGUGAUCACACCUGUGGUUUGUGGGGUGUUGUUUAUAUCGGGUGAGCUGUGUCCUCUUAUUCUUGUCAUGAACAAGCUUUGAUACAGUGCUUUCUUUAAGGCAGUUUUCCUCUGCUCCACGAAGGUGCUAAAACUUAUAUUUUUGAGAUAGCUGAAGGAACCGGUUCCACACCAUUCUUACUGUGUUGGUCACCUGGUAUUAUCCCUUCAGGACUCUUAGAUCUUGCUUUCCUUCACCUUCCCCACAACCCACAGGAGAGAUCCAUGCGAAGUACACCAAGCACCACAUAUUAAGGAAGGACUGAAAAGUGAGAAAUUCGGAAGCAAAAAGGUAUUUUGUGUCAAGGCAUAUAAAAACCUGUCACGGGAGACCAGUGGUGGCCUGAACCUCUCCCCACAAGAGGGCACGUCAUGUGCAGGAAGAACAAAACCUGAAAGGAAAUGCCAAGUGUAAACUACUAGCCUCUGUUCUUUCAACCCCCAGUGGUUCAUUAUCUUAAUUAAGCAAUAAUAAUACAGCCUAUUUAGAAUAAUGAUACUUUCUCAAGCUUUUCUUUCCCAAGAUUUUUCAUUGAUUUUGUUUUUCCUACAGGGAAGAAGUGUUUAGGCUAAAUUGUAUGGCUGGUUUAGAAUUUAAGCAUACACGURAGAAAAUGACUACUAGAAAGUAAGAAAAAUUAAAACAUUUUCUUAAAU